AUGUCAGCUGAUCCUGGUACCGCUAGUUUAGCAAGACAUAUAGCACGAGUUAAAAAAGACACACUAAAUGACAAGGUUAAAAAAAAUAGAAUCAGAAAAGAUUCAGUGGUCUCAUCUUUCGAGAAAUCGAAAUUAUUGGGUCCAUCCGGAAAACAUACACCAACCUUUUAUGCCACAUAA